CUCCUGGCAAACACCUCAGCAGGACACUGCUCCCAUUGGUCCGCCCGGUCAGAGUCUGGAGAACAACAAACCAGCUAGGGUGAAGACCGUCGGGAUGGAUGCAGCAACCUUGACAUACGACACACUUCGCUUUGGAGAGUUUGAAGAUUUUCCCGAGACCUCAGAGCCUGUGUGGAUCUUGGGGAAAGAAUAUAAUGCACUCACAGAAAAAGAUGCGAUUUUAUCAGACGUCACUUCACGACUGUGGUUCACAUACAGAAAAAACUUCCCACCCAUUGGUGGGACAGGACCAACGUCAGACACAGGAUGGGGAUGCAUGUUACGGUGCGGCCAGAUGAUCCUAGGCGAGGCCUUGGUGUGUACACACGUAGGCAGAGAUUGGAGAUGGGCCAGAGGCCAGGAACAAAGAGAAGAGUACAUCAGUAUUCUCAAUGCCUUCAUCGACAAGAAAGACAGCUAUUAUUCCAUCCAUCAAAUCGCCCAAAUGGGAGUUGGAGAGGGAAAGCCCAUAGGCCAGUGGUAUGGACCGAACACAGUGGCCCAGGUUCUAAAGAAGCUGGCGGUGUUUGAUACGUGGAGCAGACUGGUCGUACACGUGGCGAUGGACAACACCGUGGUCAUCGAGGAGAUCAAGCGCCUCUGCAUGCCUUGGCUGGACGCCGCCUGUUGCGAACCGGAGGGCGCCGGGGAGCUCAACGGCUGCCGGGAGGGGGCGUGUGCGCUGGCGGAGGAGGAGACGGCCCUCUGGAAGCCUCUGGUCCUACUCAUCCCCCUCAGGCUGGGCCUGAGCGACAUAAACGAGGCCUACAUCGAAACCCUCAAGCAAUGCUUCAUGCUGCCUCAGUCGCUGGGUGUUAUUGGGGGGAAACCCAACAGUGCCCAUUACUUCAUUGGUUAUGUCGGAGAAGAACUCAUCUAUUUAGACCCGCACACCACUCAGCCUGCGGUGGAUCCAUGCGACGACGGCCAGGUCCCCGACGAGACGUACCACUGUCAGCACCCGCCCUGCCGCAUGCACAUCUGUGAGCUGGACCCAUCCAUCGCAGCGGGUUUCUUCUGCAGAACAGAGGACGAGUUUGACGACUGGUGUAUGCGCAUAAGAAGGCUGUCCUGCAACAGAGGGGGCCUGCCCAUGUUUGAACUGGUGGACAGUCAGCCCUCUCACAUGGUCAGCGUGGAUGCCCUCAACCUUACUCCUGAUUUCUCCGACUCGGACCGGUUGGAGCGCUUCUUUGAUUCAGAAGACGAGGAGUUUGAGAUCCUUUCCCUGUGAGGAACACACGAACAAUGAUUUACUAUUGUGGACAGUCGGCGCGAAAGAUUCUCUGUAUCAGAAGGGGAAGCCUGAAGGGGACAAAUAUUAACUCAAGACCUCUUGAGCCCGUCCAGCUCCAAUGGUGUGGUCAGUGUGUGUGUGUGUGUGUGUGUCUGUCACACAGCGUUCUUCACCGCUCUGUGUGUGCGUCGACCCCUCACAGAAGCCGGAGCCGGAGCUCAGGAUAAAUUCUGUAUGCACAUCACCACAUCGCGCGCGCGUUUCCAUUCGAGUCUUAACACUUUAAAUGUUUAUUCUGAAGUGAUAUGGUGCCUUUUCCUGACUCCAGAAGUUAAAUUGCCAUAACAGUUUUAUGUUGUAUAGAAACCCCAAUGGCUUAAACGCGGUUUGUCACUAACAGCUCCAGUCUGGAACGGCCUGCAAUGAAACCAAAUCAAAUCUGCAGACGAUUUGCAUUAACUGUUCAUGCAAAGUAUCCUUGCCAUGUUUGAAAGAAACUCAUGCGCUACUUCAUUUGAAAGAUUAUUUAUUUAAUCAACGCUGCAUAAAGAAUACACAUGUAAAGAGGUUAGAAAAAAUAAAGUCAGCAUCUGGUAUUUGA